UCCAUCCAUCCAUCCAUCCAUCUCUCAAACCUUGGAAAAAAUUCUUCCAUUUCUUUCUUUCCAUGAUCCCAGCUCGUCAAAUCGACAAUUUUCCCGAUAUAAUCUCUCCAUAACCGCCACCCUCCACCACCACCGCCGGCACCACCUCCUUUUUCCCCGUCUCUUUUGUAUUCACUACAGCUACAUUUACUCCACGUUUUCUGCCUUUUCUUUUUUUUUUUUGCCCUGCCCACGAAAUUAGUUGUCGAUUACCUUCCUUUUUUUUUCAUCAGUUAUAAUAGCGGUUACUCAUUCUUAGCCAUUUACGCAGUUUUUACAGACAAAACACAUUCUAAGCAUAUCUCCCACAACUUUUUUUUUUUAAUCUUUAUCUUAAUCUCUUCAAAUUAUGUGUAUCCCUUUUCGUAUUGGACUCUUUUCCAUUUUGACAAGUUAAAAGGAAAAAAAAAACAGAUUGUGGUUGUUUGUUUAGGAGUAAAACGCGGAAAAAAGGCCAUGCAGAAUUUCCGGGAGGAUUCAUUGUUAUUGUCUUCUCCCAAUCUGCUAUGCCAAGAAGAAACGGUCCAUGAUCAUGAUGGCGUCCAAGACUGUUUUUUGUCAAUUGGGCAUCAUCAUCAGCAAGAUGACGAUGAUGAAUAUGUGGAAAUGUUGCUGGACAGAGAGCUAAAUAGCAGCGGAAAUGGACUUCACAAUGAAGAGUUUACGUGUAAUAUUAGUGCCUCCUGGAUUAAAGAAGCGCGAUUGAAUGCAAUCCAGUAUAUCAUCAAUUCCAGCCUAUCACUUGGAUUCAAAAUCGAAACCACCUAUCUGGCAGUGACAUAUCUGGAUAGAUUUCUUUCAAGAAGACUCAUUGAGGAUGAAAAAUACUGGGCUGUAAGAUUACUGGCAAUAGCUUGUUUAUCACUCGCCGCGAAAAUGGAAGAAUGCAGAGUCCCAUUGUUAUCAGAAUUUCCAGCCCAAGACUAUAACUUUGAGUGUAAUGUUAUUCGGAGGAUGGAGCUUUUGGUAUUGGAUACAUUGGACUGGAGAAUGGCAUUGGCAACCCCUUUCAGUUUCACUUAUUAUUUUGCAUCAAAGCUCUGUCAAAGCAAUCCCAUAAGAGAAACAGUACCCAGAGUCAUUGACAUUCUCUCGGCCACAAUAAAAAACGUCAAAAUGACGUAUCAUACUCCGUCUGCCAUUGCAGCAGCAGCCACAUUGUUGAUAUUGGAUCAAAGAAUGACAAGGGAGUCUUUGGUGCUUAAAAUCAACACGUUAUCUUCUUGUAGCAAUCUGAAAAUUGAUGAUAUAAUCUCAGUUUAUAAUCAAAUGAAAGAAUCGGAUAUACUACACAACAAUAGAAGUAUAGAGUCGCCCCUGAUAUCACCACUCAAUCUGCAAAGUGACAACACCAUUGAUAAUGUGGGAAGUUCUUUGAUUACUUCCUCAGGGGUUUCAGCUAAAAGAAAGAGCCUCAAUUUCAAUGAUGAGAAUGGUCAAAACUCAAAACGUCACAAUUCCAGAGACUAAAAUAAAAAAAAAAAGAAGAAAAGGAUAUCGGCAAAAAAGAGUGGGUUUUGGCGGGUAAAAUGAUUGGCCUACAUUAGGCCUACCUUUAUAAUUAUAUCUGAUUUCUUAUUGAUUUUUGUUUUUGUAUUGGUUCUUCCUGUUGUAUACAUCGUGAAUGACGAGAAGUUUAUUGGUCAUGUCGAUGGAAGUUUGAAGUCAACAGUCACCAGCUCAUAAGGUCGAGUUCUGGGAGCAAGCAAAUGCUUUCUGCAGGAUUUCAAAGAUGACUUCCAAAGUGGGAGAACUAUUCUUGAUUUUGACACAUCGAUAUACUUUUUUUAAUCCCUUUUUAAUAUAUUUGUGGUGAUAUAUGAACAUAAAUCCCUCUGGCAUGAAGGCAGCCCAACUUUUUAAGGGUAAUGCUUGGGGGAUGCUUGCUUUUUUGAAAGGCUGAAAGCAAGAGACUUUUUAAGAGAGGAAGAAGAAUGGCAUUUGUUUUUACUGUGUGAGUGUGUGUGAUUUGAUGCAUCAAAAUGUGUUGAAUGCAUUAUCAGAGUUCAGAGCUACUAGUACUACUGUUGGAUGAAACUUUUUUGUAAAGUUUCCUGAAAUUUUUAUUGGAUUUUUGUUUGAAUGUUCUAAGCAUUAAUUAAUACUAUUGAGGCAGGUCCCUCCUGUUUUCACUAAUAGGGUUUAGCCUCGUGUUGAAGCUUGAACUCUUGGAGGAAGAUUGCAUUGUGAAAACCAAUGUAAAUGGUUCUUAAGUUGUUACCAUUAUGUUAAACAGAUCUACUUUUACCGUCUGAUCAUUCAUAAAAUAACGUUAUCUCCCAUCAUGUUUUG